UGUUAGUGACUGUUAUUAGUGUCAGUGCAACUGUUAGUGCUUACGGUUAGUGUUAAUUGUUAGUGACUGUUAUUAGUGGCAGUGCAACUGUUAGUGCUUACGGUUAGUGUUAAAUGUUAGUGACUGUUAUUAGUGGCAGUGCAACUGUUAGUGCUUACGGUCCCCCACGAUGAUGGCGUACGAGCAGCAGCCCGCCUCCUCCCACCCCCCCAGUGGGGGUGGCAAGGCGAACCCCCCUUCCAAGAUGGCCGUGAAGGGGGGGUCAGGGAAGUGGGUCAAGGUGACCCGCACGAAGGGCGGCCACCUCCUGCAGGAGGGGGAGAGCCUCCCCCUCAUCCCCAUGGGGGUUGCCGAGGGGAUCGUGCUUGUCAUCAUGAUCGUCAUGAACUACCUCUUCAGGUUCGACCCCAAAACACGUGACGCCUCAAGCCUGGCCGACUACCCUCGCGUGACCCUCUCCCCCAGCGAUGUGCUCCCCCCUCGCCCCUACUACAACUACUCCCUCUCCCUCGCCGACAACCAAAACAACGAGUACUCUUUCGGGGUCUCCUUCACCAUGCAGGAGUACGCCUUCUUUGUGCCCCUCUUCGUGGUGCCCCUCCUACUGACGCUGGUAGUGGAGCUGGUGCAGCGUCAGUUCCCCCGGGGGCACAUCAAAAACGUCGUGAGCUUCGAUCUGCCCUUCCCCCCUUUCGUGCGCCGCACUCUCCGCUUCUACUACGUCUUCCUCUUCUAUGGGUCCCUGGCGGGGAUGGCGGCAGCCUUUCUGAAGCUGCUAAUCCCCAAACCACGCCCCCACUUCCUCGCGGUGUGUGAUGGGGCCACCUUACCCGGCAACCUCCUCUUCAACGUCAGCUCCUCCUGCAGUACCGCCGACUGGCCCGCCCUCAGGGAGUCCCUCAGAUCCUUCCCCUCGUACCAUGCCACCCUUGCCUUCUACGCGGGUACAUUCCUGGUACUGUACCUUAUGUACACCUGUCAGCUCAAGGGCACCUACAGCUCUGGGGGACUCCUCUCCCUCCCCGUGGGUGUCAUGGCCGCCAUUGGGGGACUGCACCGCUGGGUGACGUACCACGCUGACGGGUGGGACGUCGCGUGGGGGGCGGCCAUCGGGGGAGUGGUGGCCCUGUGGGCGGUGAGUGACCUGGGGGAGUGA